AUGGCUGCGAGUUUAUGGGAGGAAACUGAUUCUGAAUUGGAACUUCCGGCUACAUGGCAAGAGGCGAUCCGGACGGAUGGUGUCGUUCUCUAUCGAAAUGCCGCAACGGGUGAGUUCCAGAGAGCGCAUCCAAUAUCCGGUCGAGUCAAAACAGUCAGCACUGAUUUGCCCCCUGACUGGUAUUUGUCAAUAGAUGGCUCUGGGAGAAUCACUUUUAUCAACUCUGUCACUGGUCGAAUAAGCUAUGCUGAUCCACGACUCGCUACUACUUCUACAUCUGGUCCAAUCUCUCUUUCGAAGGGUUUUACCAAAUCGAGAUUUGAUCGGUUUUCUGUCGUAGACGAGGAUCCUUCUGAAUGCGAAACAUCAGUACAUCGCGCUACUGAACUGCUGCUGUUGCGGAGCGCUAACCAGCCACUGAGAAAGCAAGUCGUUGGCUACUCUGUCGAAGUUGAGGUUCAUGGUGUCGCAAUUCGGGUCCUAUUAUCCAAAAAUUUGCGUGGUAGCUAUAUACUCAUCACUGGUUCUAGCUGCGGUCUCGGUCACCUGAUAGCGACAAAGUUAGCGGUCCAGGGAGCAAUUGUCUUCUGUGCCUGUUCGACAUGUCCACCGAAUGUAAGACCCCUGUUGGAAUGCGCAGAUCUUUUCCACCCCACCUCGCGCUAUGCGAAAUCCGGCUUGUUUUGGCUGCCUUGCAAUUUAGCGGACUUGAACUCUGUUGUCCAGUGUGGGAAACUGUUUGUCUCGCUGAACAUCCCACUGCACAUUUGUAUCAUGGCUUCUGAUUGCUUCCCUCCAGGCGCUACUUACUUUUGUUUAGGAACUAUUCUCAGCAACUUGUCCACCAUACGUGAGCGGCUUAUGUCUCUGUUACGCUCAUCAGCCUUCUCGCCUUGCUCCACUUCGUCCAAUUACACAAACUUUUCGUCUGGUCCCUGGCCGACCGGUGCGAAUGUCGCGUCGAAUUUGGAGGUUAAAAAUUACUUGGCUCAAGUGCUAUUGCUCCGAUGUCUUUCGCGCCCCCUCGCACAGGCUUGUGAGGAGUGCAAGGAUCCCAAUGGGAGACCUCGAAUUGUGUUCUUAUCCGGUGAUUCACAUCGUUACGCCACUUUGAGUGAUGCGCAAGACGCUUGGCUUUCACGCUCAUUGUUUUACUCAACCCCAUCCGGUUUCCUGGGUGCUUUGAGCCAAUAUGCCACCAGCAAACUGUGUCAGUUGUCUUUCCUCUUCGAGUUGCAACAACGCAUCCGGAAAUGGCAUCAGGAGUCAGUUGACACCGGUUUCUCUCCCUUAUUGUGUGCCUGCAACGCGGAGAAUUUACUUGCCGUCCGUUGUUCAGGUCUGUGGUACAGGUCUCUAAUGGAAAUCCCCUGUAAUUUUAUUCUCCUUCUGUUACGACUUGCUCGGUGGAUCCUUGGCCCCUUCCUUCAGUCCGUGACGCAAGCAGCUGCCGCUCCGUGCUUUUGCGUCACUGACACUUCUCUGAUCCACUGGAAUACUCAAACGCAUGGAGGAAGUUCCCGAGAUCGCCUGCUCUACCUCGAUGCAUUCCGCUAUCAACCGCCUUCAUCGCACAUCACAAAUAGGGUAAACAGCCGAACCCUCUGGGAACACACGAAUUCCAUUCUGGAUGAGUAUGACGACAACACGGACGGUUGGAAACCCCUGAUCGGGCCAGAUCGGACCUGA